AUGGCCCGCGGCCCCCGCUGGAUCCCGCUAUUGCUGCUGCUGCUGCUGCCGCCGCCGGCCCUGCCCGCCGGGUGUGCGGCCCGUGGGCUCUGCUGCCCCGGCCGCGACCCCGCCUGCCUGAGCACCGGCCGGCGGCCCGACGGCUCCACCGGGCCCUGCUACUGCGACCAGGCGUGUGUCCGCACCCUCGACUGCUGCCACGACUAUGCCGAGACCUGCCCGGUUAUCCCCUGUGUGGUAUCUCAGUGGAGUGCCUGGAGUGGCUGUGCAGAGCCUUGCAAGACAACGUAUCGUGUCCGGACGAGGCACAUCGUCCAGGAGCCCAGGAACGGGGCAGAGGCAUGUCCUGCUCUGGAGGAGAGGGCUGGCUGUGUGGAGUACUGGACUCAGCAAGGAACAGAGUGCAAACAGUCCCUGAUCCCAGCAUUAAUAACUACGGGAGGGUUUGGAAAAGCGAGGAAGAAAAGAGCUGCAGCUGAUGGCAAGGAAAGAGCAGGGUACUGUGUUGAGUUCCAGCUCGUGGCCAUCACGCCGGGCUGCCUGCACAGCCACCACUCGUACACCCGCUGGAUGCGCUACCUCAGGGAGGGCCACACGGUCUGUGUGGAGUGUCAGCACCCGGCCCUGGACUCCAGAAGUCAGCAUUGCUCCGGGGAUGGCACCGGGAGCAGAAAGAAUCAGCUGUUGCACUGGCAGGCGGUGGGGAACCCUCGAUGCAAGGGAACCUGGAGGAGAAUUCGCCAGCUGGACACUUGCUCCUGCCCUUCUGUUCACAGCUUCUUGUUCAUCUGACUUCCCCAGGCAGUCCCAGUGCACCAGGGCUGUGGUGCCUCCUCUGGCAGCAGCUCCCUCCUCUGGGAGCCCCAGGCAAAGCAGCGACUGCUCCGUGUCAGAGGGGGCACCCGGCAUCCUCUGUCUGUCUGUGCUCCUCGAUUUCCAAAGAAAUCAGGCUGGCUGGGAAGUACCAGUCUCUUUCUUCCCUGAGAGAGACAUGUCUGACCCUGAUGACUUCUUGCAAAUCCCUCCCCUCCUGAGAGGAUAGAGAAUUUACCAAAUAACAAAUACGACAAUAAAGGCCGUAAGAACCCA